GAGAGAGAGAGAGAGAGAGAGGGCCCAUCUUCAGCGUUCACACGCGGAGAUAUAGAAGCGUACAAAGAUCAAAUCGAUCGCAAUUUCCAUUUCAUGGAGUUCUCAUAGCAAGUCAUGUCCAACUCAGGGAGCUUCAUUCAGCACCUCCUCAGGCUCUUCAAGCCCAGGAGAGACGGAAACAAGGAAGAAGACUUGCAGAAGAUUGCCGCCCAAGAACAGAAGCAAAUCCCUUUCGAAACCCUGGUUUCUGCCACCAAGAAUUUCCACCCUAAUCACAAGCUCGGCGAAGGCGGCUUUGGCCCUGUUUACAAGGGUAAAUUGGAGGAUGGAAGAGAGAUUGCAGUGAAGAAGCUUUCACAGAGCUCGAGACAGGGGAGGAAAGAGUUCACGAAUGAGGCGAAGUUGCUGGCGCGUGUGCAGCACCGGAAUGUAGUGAAUUUGUUGGGUUAUUGUGCACAUGGUCCAGAGAAGUUGCUGGUGUAUGAGUACGUGGCUAAUGAGAGCCUCGACAAGCUUCUCUUCAAGACUGGUAAGCAGAAGGUGCUUGAUUGGACACGGAGGUAUGACAUAAUUGCGGGUGUUGCCCGAGGCUUACUUUAUCUUCAUGAAGACUCACACAGUGUGAUCAUCCACCGUGAUAUCAAGGCCAGCAAUAUUCUACUAGACAAGAAGUGGGUCCCAAAAAUUGCUGAUUUCGGCAUGGCUCGUCUCUUCCCUGAAGGCGAAACGCAUGUAAAUACCCGUGUAGCUGGUACCAAUGGGUAUAUGGCUCCUGAGUACGUCAUGCAUGGACACCUCACCCGAAAGGCAGAUGUAUUCAGCUUUGGAGUUGUGGUUUUGGAAUUGAUUAGUGGUCAGAAGAACUCUACUUUCAACCACAGCGGGGGUUCUCCAAAUCUACUGGAAUGGGCAUACAAGCAAUUCAAGAGAGGCAAGAGCUUGGAGAUCAUGGAUAAGACACUGGCAUCGUCAGCAGACCCUGAUCAGGUAGCGCUUUGCGUACAGAUCGGGUUGCUGUGCACGCAAUCCGAUCCCCAAGAACGACCUGAUAUGAAUCAAGUGGUGGUGAUGCUGUCGAAGAAGCAUGGCACCCUAAAAGAACCAUCGAGGCCAGGAUACCCAGGUUCUAGAUACAGGAGAGGUCGGCGCCCCAAUCUAUCGUCCUCCACAGCUGGAACUUCCGGUGACUCCCAGACGUUUGGAUCAACCUCCAAUAGCUGCAGCCAGAGUGCCACGGCAACCGUCAGCACGCCGGGGUAUCUUUUGAGCCCCAUAUUAGACCCUCAUGGUAAACGUCCAAGUGAGGAUUAGGCUGCCGCUCCUCCUGGGAGAUUUUUGCAUAUUCUUUGUGUAGAAUAGGCUUGCAUUUCAUUUUCUUCUUUUUCCUUUCCAUGUAGAUAUGUGCAUUUUGAUGCUGGCAGUAUCUUCGAUGAACACAAAGGUGCAUUCACUAGGUAGGAGGGCAGUAUGUGCAUUUUGAUGCUGGCAGUAUCUUCGAUGAAGACAAAGGUGCAUUCACUAGUUAGGAGGGCAGUAUGUAAGAUAUAUAUGUUGAGAAUUUGUCCCAUUAUUUAGAAUUAAUAAAAAUGGUUAAAACCGUUAUUGCUAGUAA